AUGAUUUUCAACGGUCCACCGACACCUGUCAGUAUGCAUGCCAGUGCCAAAGAUGUCGAGUCACCUCCCCAAUCACCGCAGGUUUUACCACAGCGCGAAGGGAUAGCUAUUGUGGGUAUGUCGUGCCGGACGGCUGGUGGAAACGAUACGCCCGAUAAACUAUGGCGCUUCCUCAUGGAGAAGAAACAUGCGUCCGGAGAGGUACCCAGGGAACGCUGGGAGCCAUGGCUGCAAAGACAUCCGCAAAAUGCGAGGAUAAUCGAGUCCACGUCUUCCAAAGGGUACUUCAUUCAAGAUCUGGAGAAAUUUGAUGCUGGGUUUUUCGGCAUCUCUCCGAUUGAAGCUGAGGAUAUGGAUCCUCAUCAAAGACUUGGUUUGGAGCUUUCCUGGGAAGCGCUCGAGAACGCAGGUAUAAACCCAAAGACACUGGCGGGUUCCAAUACUGCCGUUUUCAUGGGUGUGGAUUCCGAUGAUUACUCGCGGCUAGUCCUUGAGGAUCUUCCAAAUAUUGAAGCCUGGUCUGGCAUCGGAACAUCCUUCCACGGCAUCCCCAACAGAAUAUCAUAUCACCUCGACUUGAUGGGCCCCAGUGUGGCCGUCGACGCAGCGUGCGCAUCCUCUCUCGUUGCCAUUCACCUGGGUCGUCAAGCGAUUCUGUCGGGGGAGGCUGAUGUUGCGCUAUGUGGUGGUGUGAAUGUCUUGGUAGCCCCGGCACUCACGCACAUGCUGCAAAAGGCUGGAGCGCUAUCACCGGAUGGCGUGUGUCUUUCUUUCGAUGAUGAUGCACGCGGUUAUGCACGAGGAGAAGGCGGGGCAGUUAUCGUCCUGAAACAGCUUGCAAACGCCAUGGCCGAAGGUGACAACAUUCUCGCGGUUCUGAAGGGGACCGCGACAGCCCAGGACGGAAGGACGAAUGGAAUCAUGGCUCCAAGCGCAAAAUCUCAAGAGAUAGUUGCUCGAACAGCGCUUUUGCAGGCUGGUGCGAUCGAUCCAUCAACGAUUGGAUAUGUUGAAGCGCAUGCAACUGCGACGCAGCUGGGUGACCCGACAGAAGUGGACGCGCUUGCCAAAGUGUAUGGUACCGGUCGCCCUAAAGGCUCCCCUUGCUACAUUGGAUCUAUUAAGCCAAACGUGGGACAUGUCGAAGCAGCUGCUGGGGUGAUUGGAUUUGUGAAAACGGUGUUAACAGUGAACAAGGGCGAGCUAGCGCCACAGGCUUUGCUCCAGAAACUAAAUUCUCGAAUACCGUGGGCAACAACCGGUCUGAAAGUAGUUCGAGACGCUAUGGCUUGGCCUGUACCGGAUGGACCUCGUAGAGCUGCAUGUUGCUCUUACGGUUACGGUGGUAGUGUUGCCCACGCCGUCAUCGAGCAGGCACCUCAAUCAUGCAUAGAUCUCCAGCAAUGUUUCGGGCCCGACAUGGACACUUCCGAACAACUGGUUCCUCUUUUUAUCUCUUCUUUCCAAGAGAAAAGGCUGUCAAAACAAGCUGAACUUCUCGCAAAUUGGCUCGAAGCUGAAGGUCGAACAGUACCGCUCAGAAGCAUUGCCAGCACCCUCUCACAGCGGCGUGCAGCAAACGAUUACCGUGCCGGAGUUGUUGCCUCGAAUCAUGACGAGGCUUCAAAAAGCCUGCGAGCGUUCAGCAAGGGAGAGAUAGAUUCUUCGAUCGUUGGCAAUCGCAUAUUUGGUAACUCCACGCGCAAAGACGUCGUCUUCGUAUACUCUGGCCACGGAGCGCAAUGGAAUGACAUGGGCAAAGAACUCCUUCGCGGUCCGUUGUUUCGUCAGUCCCUUGUUGCCUUGAGGUCACUUGUCCAAGCUGAAGCCGGAUUCUGCGCUCUCGAGGCCCUGGAACGUGGCGAGAUUGGAAGUUCCGAUCGAGUGCAAGUUUUGACAUACCUGGUGCAAAUCGGCUUGACCGAGGUACUCAAGUCAAAAGGGAUCGAGCCGCAGGCUAUCAUCGGACAUUCAGUGGGCGAGAUCGCUGCUUCGGUCGCAGCAGGAUGUCUCACUGCGGAAGAAGGCUUGGUGAUUGUGUCACGAAGGGCAAAACUCUACCAAGCGGUGACAGGAAAAGGUGGAAUGAUCCUAGUGAAUUCGCCUUUCUCUCAUGUCAACGCUCAAUUGAAAGGCAGAAAGGAUAUUGUCGUUGCAGUCAAUUGCUCGCCAUCAUCUUGCGUUAUCAGCGGAGAACUUGCAGCCAUCAAAGAUUAUGUUCGCGAGUCAAAGGAAAAGAAUAUCAAGACGUUCCGAGUCAAUACUGAUAUUGCGUUUCAUUCGCCAAUGUUGGACAGGCUUAUCGGUCCAUUGAGAGAUAUUCUUGAUGGGUCUCUCCACCCGCGCCAUCCCAGAAUUCCAAUAUACUCGACCUCGUGUACGGACCCCCGAAUGGAGCCGCUACGAAACGUGUCUUACUGGAUCUCGAACAUGAUGAAUCCAGUACGGUUUUGCGAGACUGUGGAAGCUGCUUUGGAUGAUGGAUUGAGGAUAUUUCUUGAGAUCGCCACGCACCCCAUCGUAACAGAAUCGAUCAACGACAUAUUGUCCUAUAAAAAUUGCGACGAAUGCGCCACUGGAGGAGUCAUGGAACGCGGUGUAUCUUCUCGAAGAAGUAUCGUUCGAACCAUUGCGGAGCUGCAUACCCUUGGUGUGCCAAUCGAUUUCGGUACUCAGUUGGGAACGAGAUGGCAUCCCCAAGUUCCAGGUACCCCAUGGGUCCGACAUUCAUACUGGAAAGCAAUUAAACCCCAGUCAGAACACCACCCAUAUCAGCAUGACGUCGACAAACACGACUUGCUGGGCCGGCAGACUCGUGUCGCAGAUUCGACAGCAAACGUCUUUACAACAACUCUUGACGACCAGAACAAACCAUAUCCUCUUACCCACCCACUUGAUGGAACAGAGAUCAUUCCUGCGGCAGUAUAUUGCAAUUCUUUCCGCCGAGCGACGGGUGCAACUGUGCUAGAGAGUCUGCAGUUGAGCACACCCACUGCCAUCACAGAGGAGCCGCGCGAAGUUCAAAUCAUUGUCAAAGAUCACACUGUGCAGCUCUUUUCAAGUGUGACCAAGUCGCAAACCCCGGGCGGGCUUCAAAGCUGGAAUCAGCAUUGUAAAUGUGUAUGGAGAAUUCAGGAUAUGAGUGUCUAUCGAAGGUUGCUUGACAUCGAAGCCAUCAAAAAGACGUAUCGGAAGGCCGCUGUCCAAAACCUUCCUCUGGAAGUUUCUGAAAAACAUCGGUGUUUCGGGCAUCGCAUACCCUUGGAUGGUGAUUGAGCACCACGGAAGU